CAAACAUCCAAUUACCUGCCAAAUGAAAGAGGGUAAGAGUAACAUCGUCCAAACUCAUCUUCUUCACUGGAAUCAGUACAGUUUCAUGUCGCCACCAUUUACAAUACAAACCACCAUCGUCGAUUUAGGUUCCUUUCACAAGAUUAACAUCACCAAUCACCAUUGCAUUCACGCGACGAGUUCUUGUCCACCAUAAUGGGUAGCAACACCAUCGUUGAAAAAAUCAAUUUAUUCUCCUUGUGUCCUCAAUGACUUUUGUGGUUUGCAGUUUCCCCGGCAAAACAAAAUAACUGUGGGCUGUACGGAAAGAAUCGGCAUUUUCUAGCAAAAAUUUCUCGCCUCUGAUGGAACACCGCAAAACAAUAUGUGGUGCUUGGUGUUCUAAAUCAUUAUUCAAUUGAUUUGGGGUUCUAUGAGAGUAUUCAAUCAUCAUUCAAUUGUAUAAAAAACUCCCUAUUUGUUUCUCCAAAUAUCCAAUUACCUGCCAAAUGAGAGAGGGUUAGAGUAACAUCGUCCAAGCUCAUCUUCUUCACUGGAAUUAGUACAGUUUCAUGUCGCCACCAUUUACAAUACAAACCGCCAUCGUCGAUUUAGGUUCCUUUCGCAAGAUUAACAUCACCAAUCACCAUUGCAUUCACGCGACGAGUUCUUGUCCACCAGAACGGGUAGCAACACCAUCGUUGAAAAAAUCAAUUUGUUCUCCUUGUGUCCUCAAUGACUUUUGUGGUUUGUAGUUUUCCCGGCAAAACAAAAUAACUGUGGCCUGGGGAAAGAAUCAUCGUUGAAAAAAUCAAUUUGUUCUCCUUGUGUCCUCAAUGUCUUUUGUGGUUUGUAGUUUUCCCGGCAAAACAAAAUAACUGUGGGCUGUAGGGAAAGAAUCGACAUUUUCUAGCGAAAAUUUCUCGCCUCUGAUGGAACACCGCAAAAAAAUAUGUACAAAAUGAUACGAAAUAGUGGAGAUGCGGGGUAUCGAUCCCCGUACCUCUCGCAUGCUAAGCGAGCGCUCUACCAUCUGAGCUACAUCCCCUUCAAUCUGAGCUACAUCCUCUCAAAAUGAUACAAAAUAAAUCACCAUUUUCUAGCGAAAAUUUCUCGCCUCUUAUGAAACACCGCAAAACAAUAUGUACAAAAUGAUACAAAAUAGUGGAGAUGCGGGGUAUCGAUCCCCGUACCUCUCGCAUGCUAAGCGAGCGCUCUACCAUCUGAGCUACAUCCCCUUGAAUGGACAAUUAUUUUAGAUUCUCUAAUUAUUGUUUGAUUGGUUUUGGGCCAGCCGAUGGGAGAGGACCAGGUGCAGCAGUUCAUUGCCGAUGGGUCUGGUUGAGAAGAAGGCCCAGCAUGGGAGAGUAGAUUUUGGCGGCCUUGCUCUGGAAAUUGGAACUGGAAGAGAAAGGUAAAGGAUCGGGAAGUAGCCGCCGCCUCUCAGCCUGCCGGGCGGUCAGCAGCACUGCAGUAACACGUUCUUCGGAAGUUGAGCAGCCGGACUUGGGGGGCCUCUCUGACCUCCGUUGAUACCUCCACUGCCGUGUAUCCGGGGAAAGCAUCGCCAGUAGCGAUCGAGCUUGAUACGGAAAUCAAUUUCGCCGCUAAAGUAGCGCCGCAGCCAAGGUAUUUUGCCAACCUUACCGUUCUACGUUCCAGUUUCAAACUGGAAUUUCAUAUCGACCUCUGUAUUUUUAUUUGGUGACUCAAUCUCCCUUUAUCCCCCUUCAUUGUGAUACCUGGUUUCCUGGCCUCUGAUGUCAGUAGAUGUUGGGAGAAUCCUAAUUUCUGGGACGGAGUUAGCUUACCUCAUUUUUUUUGGUGGGUAAUUUAAAAGUGCUAGUCUUGAGUGGUUUACAUGAACAGAAAGAUAGUACACUCAAUAUGAUGUUCAUGGUUUCUUGGAGCUUGAAGUGACGUUGAAUCUUAUUUCUUCUCUCUAGUUCAUUCAAAGGGGGUUAAUAGAUGGAGAGAGUCCUGCUAGGCAUGGCUGGACCAUGGGCCGAUGAUAGUCGUGAAGCAGCUGAUCAUUACACAACCAAAAUUGGUGGACUUCCUGAUUGGCCUUUCCCCAGAGAGUCUCUACCGCCGGAUCUGCUCAAGUGUCUCAAAUGUGGAGGGCACCUAUGUCUGGUUGCACAGGUUUAUGCUCCAGUUUCUACCGGAUCCUUGAAGAUUGAAGAACGUUUUCUUUUGAUCUUUGGUUGUAUAAUGCCUGGAUGCGGCACAAGUCCUGAUAGCUGGCGAGCUUUUCGUGUCCAGAGACUAGAUGAUGUAAGAGAAGUGAGUGAAAGCACUCCUGUGAAAACAUUGCCUUCAAAUACUACACCUUCCAUCUCAGAUUCAAAGGCCAGUUGGUUUGAUGGGUUCGACGAUGAUGAUGAUGACGACGAAGAUAUGGAUCUGGAAGCUCUUGGUAGAGCUCUUUUAGAAGCUGGAACGUCCUUGAAUUCCGUUUCCAAGAAAGAAUGCCGGAACAAGCGGUCAGGGACAGUUCAAAAUUAUCUUCCUUCGACUCCAGGAACCAGACUGGUUGACAAGGAAAGUCCAGUGGCUCCUUGCUUUUACAUGUAUACUCAGGAGCAUAAACCUGCAAAUGCUGUUGUCUCUCUAUCUUCGAAUUACUCUUCACUUUCCAUCAAGGAGAAGCAAAAUGCUGAUGGUGGUGAUGAUGAUAGCGAUAAAGAAACAUGGGCACCCGAAGCUUACGAGUAUGAUGCAGCUUUAAAUGCCGACAGAACUUACCUCAAGUUCAAGAAGCAAUUGGAUGCAAACCCAGAGCAGUGUUUCAGGUACUCCUAUGGAGGAAAGGCACUUGUCGCUACCCAAGAGGUAGCGGAUGUCAGCGGAUGCAAGCUUUGUUGUGGUUCAAGAUUUUAUGAGAUGCAGCUGAUGCCAACGGUAAUCUAUUUUCUGCAAGAAGCUGCUGAUGACCAGCUAAGACAUGCAUUAGAGAACUGGGAUUGGUUGACUCUACUUGUCUAUACGUGUGCCAAGAGCUGUUCAAACUCGAAUUCUUGCGUCGUCGUCAACGGAUGGAUUGUGGCGGAAGAAAGCGUUGUCCUUCAGUCCGAGAACACAAAGGUGAUAUCUCAACUUAGCCAGUUCCAAUGAUUUGGGCAGCAUUCGUAUUCAAUAGAAUCCCAUCCCAGGCACACUUUUUGUUUUCUGCUAUGCAUCAUUCUGUAUAAAAAAGGAUUUUAGAUCUAAUCAAACUGUAUACCAGGUUGAGUUUUUAUAGAAUCCUUAUUUUCAUAACUAUUCUGUCUUAUUGGAUUACUGGUUAUUUUUGCCCUUAACAAGUGAUCACCAAAACAACUGAAAUAGAGUUCUCAAUUGAUAUCAAUGGAUUGCCGGUGAUUAAUAAUAUUCUGUUAGGGUUUUGAUGGAGAUGAACAGAGGUGACAUUUUUCUUACAAAUUGAAAGCAAUAUUAUGGUUAUUUGGUAAAAAAAAUAUAAGUCUUAUGAUCAUUUUGUACAAAGGGCAAAGCCGUGGUUGUCACGUCGGCCGGCGUACCACUGGUUGAAUCUGGUUCAACUUGUACCGGUCAUAAAACGGUAUGACUGGC